ACAUCGGUUUGGAAGGUUCAUUUCUAAGUCAAACCUCGAACUAGUAAUCAGUCUAGUGUUCAAGUGAAAAGUUGUUACAAAAAUUUCAAAAAUAUUUUAGUAAAAAUGAAGACUGUUUUCUUUACGUGUUUUAUUGUUGUGGCAAAUUUGAGCUUACAAGUAUUUGCUACACCGUUUAUGCUUCCACCAGAAGAAAAUGGCAUUGAGUCACCGGAAGGAAUUAAUAGUGCAUUGGAUUUUGAUAUAACUGAUCUGAUUACCACAGUAGAAAAUUUAAUGCACGUCUUUGGACUCAAUGAAACCUUAGAUGAUUUUUCAAAACUCAAUGAGACUCAAAUUCUAUCGAGAGUUAAUUAUCUGAAGGCAGCAUUGGGAGCCGAUAAAGAAGAGGUUGCUCUGGUGAUUAAUCAACUCGAGAAAUUAAGCCGUUAUGACGUUGACGAUUUAUCAAAACUGACUGAAAAGGAUAUUGUUGCAAUUUUAAAAAAUGUCGUUAACAUUCUGGGCAGCAAUGAAAAUGUGAUUAUCGGGAAACUUAUUGAUGUCAGCAGCUCAUUGCCAGAUUCAAAUGAAAAACAAACACAUGCUUUGAUAAAUACUAUUGCUGUUCUUCAUAUCAUGCUCGAAAAACUGUCGAAGCCAAAUGAAAUCGAAAAUUUAGUUGCAUUAUACAAAAAUGAAAUAAUUUCCAGUCUUAGUGAGUUUGUUCAGUAUUUCAAAUUUUACAGAGGAGACCUCCUUUUGCAAUCAAUUGUUAACGACAUGAAAAAUUCUAUAAAUGAAUAAUGUUUUUUUUUUAAAUAUGAAUUAAUUUUGCUUGUAAAAAUUUUUUAUUAUCAUUAUUUCUAUUUGUAAAAUUAAAUUUAACUCCGAAAUUAUUUUUCAAGACAUUGAUAAGUAAUUCUUAUAAUUAGUUAUCUAAACAAUUACAAAAAAUUACAAUAUUAUAUUAAUGAGCAGACAAUAAAAGUAAAAUAGUGAAAAAUA